CCGGGGCGGUUCUGGGCGUCUGCUACCGGGGGCGCUCGAGUUGCUGGAGCCGCCCGUCCUCCGCCGCCUGCCGGCCGACCUGCCCACCCGCCCUCCCUCCCAGCCCUGCCGCCCUGGGAACUCCCCGACCGUCGCCGCGGGCCCGGGACUCGCUAUCUCCUCUCUCCUUCCCACCCGGGCUAGGGCGGCGGCGGCGGCAGCGGGGGCGGCAGAGAUCAUCACGGGAGGAGGCAGCUGCGGCGGGGCCGGUAAUGGGCCUGGGGGUGCGGGGCGGAGGGUGCCGCCUCGUCCUUUCUCGGGAUCGGCCCUCGGGCGGCUGUGGAGGAGUGGUCAACCCAGAGCAGCGCGGAUGGAGGGAAUCCUAAUGUACCUGGCUAACUGGUGGUGAGCAGGGGCUUUGGGGCCAACGUGGUGGGCUCCCCAAGGAAACCCCUUUGAAACCAAUGGAUGCAUUCACGGGCUCGAGUCUCAAGAGGAAGUUUGAUGAUGUGGAUGUGGGCUCAUCAGUUUCCAACUCAGAUGAUGAGAUCUCCAGCAGUGACAGUGCUGACAGCUGUGACAGCCUCAAUCCUCCUACAGCUGCCAGCUUCACGCCCACAUCCAUCCUCAAGCGGCAGAAGCAGCUGCGGAGGAAGAAUGUACGCUUUGACCAGGUGACCGUGUACUACUUCGCCCGGCGCCAGGGUUUCACCAGUGUGCCCAGCCAGGGUGGCAGCUCGCUGGGCAUGGCCCAGCGCCAUAACUCCGUACGCAGCUACACGCUCUGUGAGUUUGCUCAGGAGCAGGAGGUGAACCAUCGGGAGAUUCUUCGUGAGCACCUGAAGGAGGAGAAACUCCAUGCCAAGAAGAUGAAGCUGACCAAGAAUGGGACAGUGGAGUCGGUGGAGGCCGAUGGCCUGACCCUGGAUGAUGUUUCAGAUGAAGAUAUUGAUGUGGAAAACGUGGAGGUGGAUGAUUACUUCUUCCUGCAGCCCCUGCCCACCAAACGGCGACGAGCCUUGCUGAGGGCUUCGGGGGUCCACCGCAUUGAUGCUGAAGAGAAGCAAGAACUUCGAGCCAUCCGCCUGUCACGGGAAGAGUGUGGUUGUGACUGUCGCCUGUAUUGUGACCCAGAAGCAUGUGCCUGUAGUCAGGCUGGGAUUAAAUGCCAGGUGGAUCGCAUGUCCUUCCCAUGCGGCUGUUCGCGGGAUGGCUGUGGGAACAUGGCUGGGCGCAUUGAGUUUAAUCCGAUCCGGGUGCGGACUCAUUACCUCCACACCAUCAUGAAGCUGGAGCUGGAGAGCAAGCGGCAGGUGAGCCGCGCACCGGCCGCAGAUGAGGAGCCGUCCCCCACGGCCAGCUGCAGCCUGACGGGAGCACAGGGCUCGGAGACACAGGACUUCCAGGAGUUCCUCGCGGAGAACGAGACGGCAGUGAUGCACCUGCAGAGCGCGGAGGAACUGGAGCGGCUCAAGGCAGAGGAAGAUUCCAGUGGCUCUAGCGCCAGCCUGGACUCCAGCAUAGAGAGCCUGGGCGUGUGCAUCCUGGAGGAGCCCCUGGCUGUUCCCGAAGAGCUGUGCCCCGGCCUGACCGCCCCCAUUCUCAUCCAGGCCCAGCUGCCCCCCGGCUCCUCGGUCCUGUGUUUUGCCGAGAACUCGGACCACCCCACCGCCUCAGCAGUGAACGGCCCGUCCUACUUGAACAGCGGGCCCCUGGUCUACUAUCAGGUGGAGCAGAGGCCCGUGCUGGGGGCGAAAGGAGAGCCCAGUACCGAAGAAGCCCCAGCCUCUUUCCCCAAGGAGAAGGAUCUGAAUGUCUUCUCUCUCCCUGUUACCUCACUGGUGGCUUGUAGCCCCACAGACCCAGCUGCCCUGUGUAAAGCGGAAGUGGGGAAAACGUCCACUCUAGAAGCGCUAGUGCCCGAAGCGUGUAGCCCUGAGGAGCCUGAGGAUGAAGACUUCCGCCCCUCGUGGUCCCCCUCGAGCCUCCCCUUCCGCACGGACAACGAAGAGGGCUGUGUGGUGGAGAAAGGCUCACAGCAGAGUGAGGACAGGCCCCCUGAAGAUUCUUCCCUAGAACUCCCUCUGGCAGUGUGACGCGGGGACGGAGAUUCUGCCUCUUACCCAUUCUCUAUUUAUUCCCUUAUUUUAUCUAACACCAUUUCAAAACAAAACUGUAGAAGCAGCUGCUACUCCCAUGUUAUUUUAUUGGGGUCUCGGGGGGGAUGGGUGGGAAAGAUUUGUUUGUAAAAGUAUUUUUUAAAGGGUAAACAGAACCAAGGAGACCAGUCCCAGCUUGAUCUGGGGAGAGUCUUGGGGCAGAGGAGGCUGCACAGUGCUGAAUACUGAGCCUUCUGGGCCACUGGAACAAAGAAUGAGGAUCUCACAGGAGAAGCUGGGUAAUUCAAGCAGCUAUUCUUUAUGUAGGGACCAGAAUACAGUAAUUUGAACAGCAUGGCAAAGCCCCUUCUCCUUUCCUGAGCUCCAGGUGGGGUACAAGCUCAUUUUCUCAUCAGUCACCCUGAUACCCGACUUUGGUGUAUCAUCAUCAGCUGGAAUAUUAUCUGGUCAAAUCUAGAGGGGAGUGGAUAGAAGGGUCUCUGCUUCUGUAGAAAACCAGGAUUUAUAAAAAUUUAACCUGCCUUCCCUGGCCUGCCUAUUUGGUAAAUAAGUUAAUAUUUGACAUGUUUGGUGUUCUCUGACCUGUUCCCCACACUGGGGAUUCCUGGUCUGUAACUUGAAUUAUUUCUUUCACAUGUUCUUAGGUACUAGAGUUAAACUUGUCUAUUUAUCUUCUUUCCCUCCUCCUUCCUUUUCCCUUGAAGAAAAAGCUAGAUUGGCUGGGGAUGUGGCCUAAAGAGCAGGAGCCUUCUGUCUGUGUCGAAUGCCGGCUCUGUCAGGCGGCUUUAGGCUGGGACUCCCACGUCCUAUGGGAGGCAUACAUGGAGCACUAUGUCCAAAAGAGGCAGCAGGGACAGGCUGCUGUCUGGAAAGACUUUAUUUGUGCCACGCUUGCUUUUUCACCCAGGUUUUUCUCCCACUCUGGGAGGUUUGAGCUUUAAAGGAACAUAGGAUGUGGUAAUCUAAAGUCACCGACUAAUUUGUUUUUUCUGUAUCUACCCUCGUGGUCCUUGGAUAUACAGGGUUGGAGAGUUCUUAUAUGUUCCUGUCCACACAGGUUCCGCCCCCCUCAGCCCCAAGAACUGCAAAUAUUUAUUGGAUCCCUCCAUCUUGAUAUGUAAAAACUGGAAGCCAAACUAAUUCUUAAAUGCAGCUCCCAGGUUCCAAAGAAUUCAAGUUCCGACUAUAACCUUUGAGAUUACUAUAAAGUGGGACUCAAAUUCAGUUCUUACCUCUAAUGGGGGGACACAGCUCCUGUUCCUCUUAUGUCCAGCUUACGUUCCAGGAUGUGCUCCACUGAACACCAUGGAAUUCUUUUUAUGAACAGUUCUCUCUGCCUCCCUUUGGAGGCAGGAGGGAGCAAAACACUCUUCUCUAGUACCCUUUACAUCAUGCUUCACUUCUGGUAUGGUUUAUUAACCAGCAAAGAACAAGUGAAAACCUUUUUGGUUUUGGUGGGGGAGAGAACUCUUCCCACUUACCUUACUCACCAAGCCGUUUCUCAGGGGCCGUUAAAGCACCCUUUAUGUAGGUCCCGGCAGCAGUUCACCUAUCAGAUCUCUCACCUGAGCCUUCGAGGCCUUGUACUUCAACAGAUACAUCUUUUAACCUAGUCUGCCUCCUGUUCAUUCCCGGUUUUGCUUGGUUUUACAUUUGGAGGGGAGUUCUUAAGUACAGGACCUUGUCUCCCCCCCCAUCCUCUAGCCUCACAAAACAGUCUUAAGUACCUGAGAUCUAGACACUCUCCCAAGCUGAGCACCACUCUCCCACGUUCGGCUGGCCCCUUGAAUACGAGACUGAAGCUUCACUGCAAAUUCGACUCUGGAGAAGAAUCUUCCUGAAAGUUUGUGUUGGAAGGGGAGGGUGGGCUUUAUACAUUCCCUCCUUAGGAAGGCUCCAGCCUCACCUAGGAGGUGGAUUCCAGCUGCUCAAUAAGAGACACUUUAGCCUUUGGGAUCAAACAAAGAAUCUGAAUCUAAUUGUUAAACUGACUGCCAACCCCCAAGAUAAUUUG